AUGGGUGACACAAAAAUCGUGAACGGCGUCUCUGUGCCGGCAAUGUUUUCCGGAAAUCGUGCGUCGACUCGUUCGACGCGCAAGAAGAAGACGCAACUUUUGUCGCCGAAAAAAUUCAUCGAAGCGGUCGGUAAACGGACAAUAUUCACAAUAUUCGAGUUUUUCGAGAUGACGUCUAUUCAAAUCGAUGUAUCUCAGCUGUCGGUGGAGAUAUCAAAAAGUGGCCAACUGAAAAAAUGUACACAAUUUCCUGACGAACAUUUUGUCAGUUGACAACUUUUUGAUAUCUCUACCGGCAGCUGAGAUAAAGCGGUUGGAAUGGACACAGUUCUAUAAUAGUGCGAUUUUUCAAAAAUUCCGCAAAUUUCGUGCAAUUCCCCCGCAAAAACUGGCACUUUUCGAGAGCUUUUAACAUUUGGUCAACGAAUAUUGUCUGUUUCACAAAGUGUUUCCCAAAAACGCAUUGCAGGUGCUCGCAAAAGCGCCCAACUCGAAGUCGUUCGAGGCCGGAUGCGCCGAGCACUACAAAGAGUGCUUUUUGGAUUCGCCGACGUUCGGCAACUACUGGAAGGAGUCGAAUAAGGAGAAGAACUUUUCGAAAAGUAUAAUAUUUACACAAACAAUUUACACAAAAAAAACCAUUUUUCAGACGUCUGGCUGUAUGAUUCGACUCGUGUCAUCAUACCGGAAGUCGACUAUUACCACGCCUCGUGGGUGGAUGGCAUUAGACCGAGUAAGUGCACAAAAAAAAGAAAAAAAUUUGACGCCCAGAGGGGAAUGAACCAAAACCGUGCGGCGUGACGGGCUGGCGCUCAACCACUGCGCCACGCGCGCAUUUGGUUCAGCUGACCGCCAAGGCGUAUGUAUAAUGAGCGUGCGGCGCGCAGGGUGGCGGAAGCUCGCGACUAACAAGCGUUGAAAACCAUUGAAAAAACGAAAAAAGUUUGUAAAAUACGUUUCAAACUGAAUCAAUUUGCGCCAAAUUUGACGAGCGUCAUCUAAUUUGGUGCGGAAUGGUUGAGUGGGAGCCGAGAAAUGGUGAUCCAAACUUGAAAUUAAUGAAAAAUGUGCAUUCAGGUCAAUACAUUCUCGCACAAGCGCCGACAAACGCCGCCUCGCAAAAGGACUUUUUCAAAAUGUUGGCGCACACGAAAGCGGAAGGCCUGCUGGUUGCCGAGAGCAACGACGAGUACACCGCGUUCAUCUCGAGCAAAUUUGUCAACGGCGGCGGCGGCGGAGGAGGCAAGAAGUCGUCGGAGAAGACGUUGGACGACGUGGCCACGCUCACGAUCGCCGAGAACGGAGUGAAGGCGUUGAAGGCGGCGAAGAUGAGCCGGUGGGGCGAGGCGAUCAGCGCCGUCGAGCUGGUCGACAUGCUCGAGAAGGCGCGCAAGUUUCUCGGCACCAUCUCCAAGGGACCGCUCGUGAUUACGUGCAAGGACGGAGCCACGAGGUGUGUGUGUGUGAAUCACGGGGUGCGCGGCGACUAAAAGUCUAGAGAAAACGUGGAUUUUGAGCGCACAAUCCGAGUCCGUGACAAAAUGUCGGAAAAAAGUGACAAAAUGUCGGAAAAAAUUACAAAAUGUCGGAAAAAAUUACAAAAAGUCGGAAAAAAUGCCAAAAUGUCGGAAAAAAUGCCAAAAAGUCUGAAAAAAUUACAAAAAGUCGGAAAAAAUGGCAAAAGGUUGGAAAAAGAUGCGAAAAAAUCGAAAAAAUGACAAAACGUCGAAAAAAAUGCCAAAAGAUUGGAAAAAUACCUGUUUUCCGACUUUUUGUACUUUUUUCAGACCUUUUGGCAUUUUUUCCGACUUUUUGUAAUUUUUUCAGACCUUUUGGCAUUUUUUCCGAUUUUUUGUCUUCCGACCUUUUUGAUUUUUCGACCUUUUGCCACGAACUCCACAAUCCUAGCGCGCUUUCUCUGUCCCCACUCGCUGCUUUCCCCCGCAGCCGGCCGCUCUCUUGUGACUGCCCUCGGCGUCCGCCGCCAACGUGCCGUCGAUAGCUCAGUUGGUAGAGCGGAGGACUGUAGAGUGUGCGUGGUGAUCCUUAGGUCGCUGGUUCGAAUCCGGCUCGACGGAAUCGUUUUUUUUUUUUAAUUUGCUUCUUGUUUAGAAGUGGCCUCGUCGCGCUGCUCGACACGGAAGCGGAUCGUCUCGCGAAAACGGGCAAGGUGAAGCAUACGGAGACGGUGAAACUGAUUCGCAGCAUGCGAUGCAACACGUUUGACAAUUUCGACGUGUUUGAUUUGGGCGUGAACGGAAUCAUCGAGUUGUGCACGAGAUCCGCCGCCACCGCCGCCGCCGUCAGCACCACGUCGACCAUCAAGAAAAAGUGA